AUGACCGACCAUGCCUGCUUACUCUCCGCGCUGCAGGGCCUCUCCGAGCAGGAUCGCGCUCGGCUGCUCGCCCAGCUCGCGCCUGUGCCGCCUGCGCCGCAGCAGUCGCUCUCGCAAGGCUCCCAACAGGACAUCUCAGCCUCUCAAGCCUCGCAGUACGACGCCUACUGCCUCGACGACGACGCCUUCGCGCAAAUGGAGAUUCCGGGAGAAGUGCCGAUGAGUGCCCCGCCCGCAGCAGUGCCGGUGCCAGCGCCGCCCGCCCCCGUCGCGGCGGACGCUGCGUCGGGCGGCGGGCUCGUGCGAGACGAGGAGUGGCAGGCCAUCAUCAACACCGAGCUGCGCAAGGGCGAGCUGCUCGGCAUCGUCGCCGCCGCCGGCUCGGGCAAGUCGACGGUGCUGCAGGACUACGCGGCGCACCGGCGGAACCUCAGAUUCCUCUACCUCACGUUCAACAAGGACGUGCAGCGGGAGAAGCAGGACGAGUUCCGUCGCGCGCGGCUGAUCCACGUCGACGUCGUCACGACGCACUCGCUCGCCUACACGCCGACAAAGGCGCUGCACAAGGGCAACGUGAGCGGCAAGCUUUUCGUGCCGUGGGGGCUCCUACACGACGGCCGCCGCGACCCGCAGGACAAGAUGGCGGCGGUCAAGGCGGUCGACGCGUGCGCCGAGGUGAAGCUGACGCACGACGGGUACGUCAAGGCCUUCCAGCUCGACAGCCGCGCGCAGGAGGCGGCGCUUCAGCGGUACGAUGUCGUCAUGCUAGACGAGGCGCACGACUGCACCGCCGCGCAGAUCUCCAUCGCCGAGCGCGCGAGCUGCGCCAAGCUCGUCGUGUACGACCCACACCAACUUUGUUGA